AUGCUGUCACGGCUCGUGCACCUGCAGCGACCUGCGCUGUCGGGGCGGGCGAUCCUGCUUCGCCUCCCACCGCGCGCCGUCCAUCACCGCGUCGUUGCCCGCCACCAUGUCCAAGCCGAUAGCAGCGUCGCCGGCCUCGGCUUUGUCGGCCUUGGCCUCGCGGUCACGGCCGCCACGACGUCGAAGAUGAGCCUCGUCGACUUUCUCCAAGACAGCGUGUAUCUCGUCGCUGGCAAGAUGCGCCAAGCCUACGGCGACGAGAACCGGCGCAUCCUCGUCCAGCUCAUCGGUGCGAACGCGGUGGUCUUUGGCUUCUGGAACGUCUCGCACCGGAGCCCGCGCCUCGCGCGCUUCAUGUGGCACCACUUUGCGUGCUCGUACAACGGCGUUGUGCACGAGCGGCGUCUGCACACGCUGCUCACGAGUGCGUUCAGCCACAUCACGCUCACCCACUUUGGCAUCAACAUGUACAUGCUCUGGCACUUUGGCUCGGCGAUUCUGCCGCCAAUGGACGACGCAAGCAGUGGCUACGUUGCGACGCUCACGAACGGCAAGUGGUUCGAGUCGGUCACGAGGCCGUUUGGCUACCACCCGCCGCGCACGCUCAACGCGACCGAGUUUGGUGCGCUGUACUUUUCCUCGGCGAUUGCGUCGUCCGUGCUCAGCGCCGUUGUCUCGGGUGCCAUGGGCUCGCCCCUUCUCUACUCGAUCGGUGCCAGCGGAGCGGUCUUUGGGAUCCUCACCUCGUACUGCAUGCUGCGUCCCGACCAAGAGCUCUACUUGUACGGCAUGCUGCCCCUCACGGCGUCCGACUUGCUCACGGUCUCGGUCGGCGUCAACGCGGUCGGGUCGAUCUUUCAGCACGCCAAGCAGGCGGUGAUCGCGCCAGGAAUCGACUUUGUGGGCCACCUCGGCGGCCAAGCCACGGCGUAUGUGCUCACGCCCAAGUAA